UCCCAAAACAUCUGGAGGCACACUGGUUGAGAAACACUGAUGUAAAGCAUAUAGAACAGGCAUCCCCAAACUGCGGCCCUCCAGAUGUUUUGGCCUACAACUCCCAUGAUCCCUAGCUAACAGGACCAGUGGCCAGGGAUGAUGGGAAUUGUAAUCCAAAACAUCUGGAGGGCCGAAGUUUGUGGGUGCCUGAUAUAGAACAAUUAACAAAUCAUCAGUUAAAAUAACUAAAAUCUGUGACAAAACAACUAAAAAAAUAAGCUAAUCAGCACAAUUGCAACAUUAUAAGAGUCACAAAGUACUACAGCAUUCCUAAUCUAUGAAAUAAUAUUAACUCAACAUAAUCUAAGCACAGUUGAAUUCUUAGCAGAGCACACUUUUUAUAGUUUGUACCUUAGUGGAAAGAGGCGUUUGCAUAUGUAUUUGGGCCUUAAGUAUUUUGACAUCUGAAUUAACAUACCAUUUGUUAUGGCCUGUGGCCUGGGGGAAGCAAUUCUGGUAAUCGGAUUCCUUUGUGUGGUUAACUUAAAUAACUUGAGCAUUUAGCCUCCCUCCCCACCUUGCUGGUGACCUGAAAGUUAUAUGAAAUUACUGGACUCGAAAUAGAUUCAACCAGCUUUGAUUCAGUUCAGUCGAGAGUUCAUCAAGCUGUCGAGCUGGAAGAUUAGCAAUACUGAAAAUGCUACUGUUAGCAGCAGGUCGCUGCAAAAAUGUGUGUGUGCCUAUCUAUAUUUGUAUAUAUUCAAGCUUUGCAUAGAGGCGAUACAGGCUGCAGCAUUUACAUUCUGGGGCCUUUCAGCUGAUGCACACACGCCCACGUGCCCUGUACGUUCCUGUGCAAUACAGUACUACUAACUCUUCCUGCCUUUCCAGUGGGCUCUGAUAAGGAAAGGUCUUGGGGUGUGGAUUUGCUGUCUCUGGUCAGCAAAAGGAGGAGUCUGCAGCCAAGUUGAAGAAGCCAACAGUAGCCCCAUUUCGAUAGCGUUUAUCAAAUGAAACCGCCGAAGAUGGCUUUCUUUCUUUCUUCCCCCUGCCUUUCUCGUCUCGACUAAUCGCCCUUCCAAUUGCCGACUGUGCAGGCUCAAAUGAAGGGGGCGGAAUAGCGCUGAAAGGUGCAACAAAGAGAGCUGGACUUGGCCGGCAGUGGCCGGGUCCCAGGGCACGGGAGAGCACAGCUAACAGGCCUGCUCUGAUUUAUGGCCAUUGUCCGGGAUUUGCUGGAGGUGAAUGGCUGAAGAAAAGGGCUCUGUGUCCCUGCAACCCAGCUUGAGAUUCUUCCAGUCGGCCACCAAGCACCCCAAAAGGUGAAGGGUUUAGAUACUAACACAGAGAAGUGAAGCCAUGGUCUCUCUGAUGUUCCUCAUUGGUGGAUACUUCCUUGAGAAUGAGCCCCCAUUGAAUACAAUGUGGGUUGAUAAGGAAAAAUCCUGGGGUGCGGAUUUACUCCGCUGCCCAGCUCGUUGGGGUUCCACUCCCCGCGGAUCUCUCCAGCCAGCAAAAGGAGGAGUUUCCAGCCAAGUUGAAGAAGCAAACAGCGCUCAGUAGACCUGAUCUUUAUUUGUUGCAACAAGGUUCAAACACACAAAGAGUAAGAACCCCGAGCAUGGGGUUGCAUGGACUUUUCAGACCUCUCCCCGUUGCCCAUAAUACCUACAGGUGAAACUCGGAAAAUUAGAAUAUCGUCGAAAAGUGCAUUUAUUUCAACAACUUAGUAUUUUAUUAUUUAUUUUUUUACAAAUGCUUUCUUUUGGGAAUUCCACAGAAAUAAAACAAAUGGUUACAAUAAUACAAAAAUAAACACCGCUGUUACAUUUCAUUAUUUACAUUCUAUUUAUAAUUGACCCGCCUAACGACAAAUAAUUACAAUUACAACAAAUAAAGGCUUGACAUAUCUUGCUUUGCAUGUCAUGCAUCUAUCUCGUAUAUUGUUGUUGUUGUUGUUUAGUCGUUUAGUCGUGUCUGACUCUUCGUGACCCCAUGGACCAUAGCACGCCAGGCACUCCUGUCUUGCACUGCCUCCCGCAAUUUGGUCAAACUCAUGUUCGUAGCUUCGAGAACACUGUCCAACCAUCUCGUCCUCUGUCGUCCCCUUCUCCUAGUGCCCUCAAUCUUUCCCAACAUCAGGGUCUUUCCCAAGGAUUCUUCUCUUCUCAUGAGGUGGCCAAAGUAUUGGAGCCUCAGCUUCAGGAUCUGUCCUUCCAGUGAGCACUCAGGGCUGAUUUCCUUCAGAAUGGAUAGGUUUGAUCUUCUUGCAGUCCAUCUCGUAUAUUGGUUUCAACUUUUAAGUUGUGUUACUGAAAUGAAUGCACUUUUCGACAAUAUUCCAAUUUUCCGAGUUUCACCUGUACAUUUUUCAACAGCAUCAUCGAUACACCACAAAUAUGUCAAAAAGUAGGAGUGUUCGGCAUGUAGAGACAUGAGCCCAUCACACACCCCUGUCAAUAGCCCCAGUUCCUCUUCCCCAAAGAACAAUUAAAGUAUUUACGCAUCCCCCUUGCUGCAAGGCUUUUCCUUUGAAAGUAUCAGGAGUCAAUCCACCAUCCUGAUGGGUCAUUGCUACAAUUUUAAAGGGUGGUUUUCUGAGCCUCUUUGCUGCUGUGUAUGUAAGGUGACGCAAGUGGGACCCAGGUGGCGCUGUGGGUUAAGCCACUGAGCCUAGGGCUUGCUGAUCAGAAGGUCGGUGGUUCGAAUCCCUGCGAUGGGGUGAGCUCCCGUUGCUUGGUCCCAGCUCCUGCCCACCUAGCAGUUCGAAAGCACGUCAAAGUGCAAGUAGAUAAAUAGGGACCGCUCCGGCGGGAAGGUAAACGGCGUUUCCGUGCGCUGCUCUGGUUCGCCAGAAGCAGCUUUGUCAUGUUGGCCACAUGACCCGGAAGCUGUCUGCGGACAAACGCCGGCUCCCUCGGCCUAUAGAGCGAGAUGAGCGCCGCAACCCCAGAGUCGGACACGACUGGACCUGAUGGUCAGGGGCCCCUUUACCUUUACCUAUGUAAGGUGCCUGUGUCAACGGUCAUUGUCCAGGCCUUAGUUACAGGCUGCCGUGGGGACUUGGGAUUUUGGGAGUCUUUCCCACCAAACCUUCCAGGACAACAACUCUAGAAUCAUAGAAUUGGAAGGGACCCCAAGGGUCAUUAUGUUUUUAUGUGUUGGAAGCCACCUAGAGUGGCAUAAAUAAAUAAAUAAAUAAAUAAAUAAAUAAAUAUGGUGAUGAUAAUGACGACGACGAUGACUUCCAUACUGUGUGUGCCUUGCAAGGAGUGUAACCCAUUGAAGGCAGGGGGACUUUGGGUGGUAAUCAAUAAAAUUUCAUUCUGAGUAGACCGGGUGAAAUGAAUGAACAUUGCUAAGUUGAUUCCAACAGGUCUUCUCCAUGUUGCAGAUUUGCCACUCGUCAAAUCACCUGACAGCAGGGGGUUCCUUUCGCUUGCGGUGGCCUUGCAGGGUGCUUUGCAAAGUAUUAUCCUGAGGUGCAGUUUUCAGCAUGGUGCCAGCAAACCCCAAGGUUCUUACCUGCCCCAUCAGACCUGAUGCCAGAUGUUGGGCAGGUGGCCAUGGCUUAGCCAAAAUGUCUUGGCGUGUUGAGUUCAACCCACCGCUAGAGGUUUCCAAACCUUGCUAUAAGGGAUUCCCCAGACGCAGAAAUAUAACUUCCAAUAUUAUUGGUUUGGUUUGUUAUCUUGCGUUUUUAUCUUGUAUUUUGAUGCUGCGAACUGCCCUGAGCUAUACGGAUGAUGGGCGGCAUACUAAUUUAAUUAAUAAUAAUAAAAAAGAACUAAAUUGGUAUACCGCCAAGGACCACAGGGCAAUUCACAACAUAAAAAUGCAAAAUGAGAAUACAAAAUGCAUAAUAAAACAAAUACAAACCAAUAACUCCCUAAUGAAAUAGUUGUUCAUUUGGAACUGGUAAGUAAUGUUUUUCUGCAUGCUUUACUUUCUCAAGUUAUGCUAAACCAAACAGUGGCUUAACACAAAUAAUUGGGGUUAUUGGCUUGUUCUUGUGGUUUUUAUCUUGCAUUUUCGUGUUGUGAACUGUCCUGAGAUCUACGGGUGAAGGGUGGUAUGAAAUUUUUUAAUAAUAAUAAUAAUAAUAAUAAUAAUAAUACGACUGCAGCUGCUUCACGGUCUUUCCUGCAUUGUGAUUUUUGCAUAACACACACUUCCUGAUUCGCAGUAUAUUGCCAGGUCAAAAAUGAUAGAACUGAUAUCACAAUACGGACUUAAAACUGGUUUAUUUCGUGCAUUGUGAUGUAUCAGCAUAUCGUGAUGUUUAGCGGGUGUUCCAAACCAGCUCCACCAGCUCAGACGUUGUGAUAUAUCAAUAUACAGUGUUUGCGAACGCAAUCCGUUCUGCGGAGGCGUUCACUCGCUGAAGGCACAUUCGACGCCGCGGAACCUAGAUGUAAACACUUCUGGGUCCACAAAGCUCGUAAACGGAGGUUUUCGUAAACGGAGGUAGUCGUAAACGGAGGUUCCACUGUAUCUCAAUGUUUAGUUGGUGGCAUAUCACAGUGUUGAAAGCCCGAUAUUGCAGAGCCCUACUCGAGAGUUACAGGUGAAUCUUGGCUUGUGGUUUAUCUCCCCCAGACAAACCACGAGUGCUAAACCAAGAUGAACUUCCGUUGCAGCAUGUGAGACCUGGGUUUGGAGAUAACAGUCUUCCCAGCCAAGACAGAGUUGCCAGCAGCUGUGCUCUAGAGAAACGGAAGUGAGCUCAGAGCAGCUAACUUCCUGCUGAUUUGCAGCUUCUGGGCUAAAUGCCUUGCUCAAACCUUCCACCAAAUUUGGUGGGGCGGGGGCAGAUCUUGGCAGCAACAACAGAGGUUAUCAGCUGUUUUUACCAGCCAUUUGCUGCAGGGGCCAGUGGCUGCACAACGGCAGACUCACCAGGUCAGGGUUUCUCAAGCUUUGGUUUCCCCAGCUGUUGCUGGACUACAACUCCCAUCAUCCCUGACAACUGGUCCUGCUAGCUAGGCAUGAGGGGAGCUGUACUCUUGACAACGGCCCAAGUUGGAGAAAUCCUUUUCCUUUUUCCGGAUGGGGAGAAAAGUCAGGGAUGCUGGAGAAAGUGAGCUGCCCAGUGGCGAGCCCAUGCCAGUUGGUGUUUUCCUGAAGGGGGACCCCAAAGGGGCAAUAAACCCUUUGAUGUGGUCCUUCCUGUGGCAGAUAGGUGGCCAAAAGCGGAGACGUUUCGCAUGCGGAGACGUUUCACUGCAGGGCUAAUAGUUUUAUGCCAUCCGAAAGGCACGGGAGGUUUUUUGUCCUUCCUGCUCUUAUUUGUCUGCUUUCUGCAGGAGAAAACGCCGGCCUGGUUGAGGUGUUCCGCUGCAAAUGCAACCAUGGGAUAUCACCCCUUGGUAGAAACACACAGUUUCUCCUCGAAAGAAGCCCAGCAGCUGCUCCACAACAAGUUUGUCGUGAUCCUGGGCGACUCCAUUUACCGAUCGAUAUACAAAGACCUGAUCUCCAUCCUGCAGGCCGACAAGUUGCUCACUGUUGAUGAGCUGAAGCAAAAGGGAAAGCCGUCUUUUGCCAAUGAUAAAUUGGUGCAACAUAGUGGGUUAGGCUGCGGGAACAGAUACCGGGAGGUGCGCGAGUUCUGCACGGAUCACCACCUUGUGCGAUGGUACUUCAUGCCCCGCGUUUAUUCGGACUACGUGGAGCGUAUCCUGGACGACCUCCAAACGGAUCCGAAGCCGGACGUGGUCAUCUUCAAUUCCUGCCUCUGGGACCUCAACAGGUACCAAGAGAAGGUCGCCAGGGAGUUUCGGCUGCCGACGGCCAUCAAGCAGUACAAGCUCAACCUGGAGAAGCUCUUUGAGAGGCUGGAUCGUGUCCUUCCUCAGAGCUGCCUUGCCAUCUGGAACACAGCCCUCCCCAUAGGGGAAGAGCCUUUUGGAGCCCUCUACAAAGAGAUGGAGGGAGGCUACUGCUCAGCUGAGGAUGUAGAAAAAGCGACUCCUAUGGAUGUGGUUGAAGCCAACUUCUAUGGUGCCAGCCUCGCCUGCAGCUAUGGCUUCGACGUCCUGGAUCUCCAUUUCUUCCUGCGCUUUGAGGACGAUCUCCGCAUUAAAGACAGGGUGCACUGGAACUUUUUGGCACACCGGUUUAUUACCAGGUACCUGCUGACCUUCAUUGCUGAUUCGUGGGGAGUCGAACUUGAGAAGAGGAAUCCCAGCACAGGGAUUGGUUGGAACGGGACUGCAGCAAAUCAUCCAGUUUACCCACAACUGCCCCCCAUACCCCAGUUGUGCCGUGACUUUUUCUCGGCUGAUGACGCUCCUAUUAGGCAGCUCGUUGAGGUCAGAGAAGCCCCUGUCAGUUACGGUGGUCCCUAUGGCAACAGACCUGUGGCUGGAUUCGAAUACAAUCCCCAGGACCCCUCGGCCCAGCAUGGCUGGCUCUUUCCUGCCCACCCGCCUUUUGAGCACCACAGCAAUCCAUACGACGGCGGGCCAGGGGGUGGAUUGGACUGUCACGACUAUCCACCCGACGAUGGACAGCUCACUCCGGACCCCCAGUUUAAUGACCAUCAGAACGGUUCCUGCAGCCGCAGGGGCGGGCGUUGGAAUGGCCUGUUUCCCCCAGAAACCCACCCCAACGGCUCCCCUAUUCCCACACUGGCCAGGCGCGCCAGGCGAUUCCAGAGAAGGCGGCGCCCCGAGUUCAUACACCACCACCCCCACGAGCAACGCCAAAGCGCCCAGCCCUACCCCGUGUGGCGGGGCCGCGGCAGACACGCUUGGCGUCAUUCCCAAAGGUCAAGAUUUGUCUGGAGAUGCCCCUCCCGCUCUUAGCAGGGGCUCCGGCAGCCUUGAAUGUUCUUCUCUUGCAGACAGCAGCCCAACAUGUCAGGACUGGGGGUGGGUUUUUGGGGGUGUGUGUGUGUUUGCCUGUGGGUGUCGAGGGCUUCUGCGAACGCGGUGGAAGGACGGAUCGCUCGAUCUCCAGCCUGCUAUUGGACACCCUUUGCUCACAUGCUCCCAAGUGGGGGGCCAGACCAUCUUUCUGAACGCAGGGUUGGCCCCCAAGAGGUGCCCCCCCACCCACUCUGGACGCUGCUACUUUUUCACCUUCUUUCACCCCGUGGAAGAAGGGUGUCUUCGCAACCAGCUCUGAAAAGCAAGCUCGGUAGUCCUGCCUCAGGCACACACCUGGCAAUCAAAGUACAUUCAGCCCACGUUUUUAAGCUCCACCCCCCCCCCUGGGAACUAUAUUUCCCCCGCUCACAGACCUACAGGGCCCUACAGUUCCCAGAAUGCUUUGGGGGUACAGUCAUGUGCUUUAAAGGUAUGUUGUGGCUCUGCCCCUAGUCUUUUUUCUUUUGUAAAUAUUUUUCAUUAAAGAUUUCUUGAAUUACAAA